AUCCACCGGCGCGUCUUUUGCUUCUCACGCAAAAACUUUGAAAGGGUGGGAGGCGAGACGUCAGCAGUCCGCUCUGACAGCACAGGAGCGGGACAGGGAGGAAAGAUCAAGUGUGAGAGCAGCGGCGGAGCCGGGAGAAAGAGGGAGCUAUGCCAUCUCCCGCCGAGCGGAGCCCAGUCCUCCUCCUCAGCUGCGUGUCGGACCUACAGCAUGGUGUCUCCUCCUGGACUCUGGACAGCUCACCUCCUCUUCCUCCUGCUUCUUCUCCCGCCGAGCGCCUUCUCCUCCGCGGAGACCUGCCUGCCUCACCCGGCGCCCUGCCCCGUCCUCGCGCGGACAGGACACACGGUGCGCCUCGGCGCGCUCCUGCCGACCCGCCAGCCGGCGCGGAUACAAAACGCGCUCAACCGCGCCCUGGCAAGCAUCCGGCACCAGAGCGGAGGGACGGACUCCACCACCACCACCACCACCACCACUACCACCACAUCCUCUCAGCCGGCUCCGCUGCUGCCCUACAACCUGACCCUGGAGAUGGUGGCGCGGUCGCCCGCGGGAUGGGACCCGGAGUCGCUGUUCCAUAGCGCCUGCCAGGACCUGGUGAUCAGGGGGGUCUCAGCCGUGCUGGCGUUUCCACGCUCCCGGGAGGAGCUGAUCCAGGUGGAGUUCUUGUCUUCUUUCCUGGAGAUCCCCUUCAUCUCCAUCCUGGAGGACACGGAGCCCCUUGUGACGAAGAAUCAAUUUCACCUGCAGAUGUCCGCCCGCGUGCCUCCAUCAAGCCUGGGCAGCUUGCUGCUCACUGUCCUGCAAGGCAGGGAGGGGGACAGGGACCGAGGCCGCCAGGGAGGCGGCACCUGGGGAGGAGCGGCUGUGAUCUGCCCGGGGUGGGACGAAGGCAGCGAUGGCUUGCUGACUCACCUGCAGAGGCACAGUGGUCCUGCCUGGCAUUUGAGGGACAUCAUCAACCUGACUCGCAUCACAGGGGGCAGAGAUCGAAGCAGGGGGGAGGCCAGCGAGGAGAAAAGGGAGGAUCAAAUGGAAGAAGAGGCUUUGAACAUCAUCUCCACCAGCUUCCUGCGCUCCCCCUCACCUAUUUCCUCCGUGCUUCUCCUGGGAUCUGACCCGGAGUGUCUCUCAUCUGUCUUGCGGGCCGCUCAGCGCCUCGCCUCAUCUCUGCCUGCACUGCAGUGGAUCAUGGGAUACCCUUUGUCUCCAGAUUCACUCCACACUUUAGGAGGCCCCCUGGGACUGCUAGCCUAUGGGGAGGUCGGUCGCAAGCCGAUAAGCUUCUACAUACGGGAUUCCCUGCAGCUGAUUGGUCGAGCGGUCACUGCAGCGACCAUGCUAAGGCCGGAUUUAGCCCUGGUUCAGAAUGUACUCAACUGUUAUGACAAACCAAACCGGCUUGAAGUGCCCUCAUCUGGCCACUACCUAGCCAGGUUUCUGUCCAACAGUUCCUUCACUGGUUCUACAGGACUAAUUCAAGUGGAUGCUGAUGUCUCUCGGGUCCUCUCCUCCCAACUGUUCCACGUGUGGAGUCUGAAGAGAGGCGCUCUGGGCCAGCCAGCGUGGGUUACUGUAGGACAGUGGACCAGAGGCCGACUGGAUUUAGAGGGGGGCAUCCUGGGACUGGUGGGAGGGCUUGGUAACAGCCAGGGUCAGGGUCUGGGAGCCGGUGUGAGGGGAGGGGAUGGUCAAAGUGAUGGUUACAUGGGAGGUCGCUGGAGGCCAGGACUCUCUGUCGAGGGUCACCGCCUUCGAGUUGUGACGCUGGUGGAACACCCGUUUGUCUUUACGCGGGAGGUCGACGAGGAUGGAAUGUGUCCAGCAGGCCAACUCUGCCUGGACCCUAAAACCAACCGAUCCGACAUCAUCAACGGCCUCUUCAAUCAACUUCACAAUCCCAACUCCACAACAGUAGACUGGGAUGGAAUUGAAUUACCAGAGGAUCUAAGAAAAUGCUGCUAUGGGUACUGCAUCGACUUGUUGGAGAAACUGGCGGAAGACAUGGGCUUCACCUUCGACCUCUACAUCGUGGGAGACGGGAAGUACGGAGCUCUGAGUGGGACUGGGCGCUGGACUGGGCUUGUGGGCGACCUGCGGAGAGGAAUUGCUGACAUGGCCGUCACCUCGUUCUCCAUCAACUCUGCCCGGAGCAGAGUCAUUGAUUUUACCUCACCUUUCUACUCCACCAGCCUGGGCAUUCUGGUUCGUAGCCACGACACGGCAGCCCCCAUCGGAGCCUUCAUGUGGCCCCUCCACUGGUCCAUGUGGGUGGGUAUCUUUGUCACGUUGCACCUCACUGCGCUCUUCCUCACCUUGUACGAGUGGAACAGCCCCUUCGGGAUGACACCACACGGCAGGAACAGACUGCGAGUGUUCUCCUACUCUUCUGCCCUCAAUCUCUGCUACGCAAUACUGUUCGGACGCACCGUUGCCACCAAGACUCCUAAAUGCUGGACGGGGCGCUUCCUGAUGAACCUCUGGGCGAUUUUCUGCUUACUGGUUUUGUCCAGCUACACCGCCAACCUCGCUGCAGUCAUGGUCGGAGAGAAGACCUUCGAAAUGGUCUCGGGAAUUCAUGACGAAAAGCUGCACCACCCAUCCAUGGGCUUCCGCUUUGGGACGGUGAGGGAGAGCAGCGCCGAGGAUUACAUGAAGAAGAGUUUCCCAGAGAUGCACGACUACAUGAGACGCUUCAACCAGCCCACCACCCCGGAGGGCGUGCACAUGUUAAAGACAGAUCCUCCUGCCCUGGAUGCAUUCAUCAUGGAUAAAGCUCUGUUGGACUUUGAGGUCUCCAUCGAUGCAGACUGCAAGCUGCUCACAGUAGGGAAGCCUUUCGCUAUUGAAGGCUAUGGCAUCGGCCUUCCCCAGGGUUCCCCUUUAACCCGCAACGUGUCUGAGUUUGUGAGUCGCUACAAGUCUGACGGCUUCAUGGACAUGCUACACGACAAAUGGUAUAAAGUCGUACCCUGCGGGAAGAGAGUCUUUGCAGUCACUGAGACUCUACAGAUGGGGAUCCAGCAUUUUUCCGGCCUGUUUGUGUUGCUGUGUAUGGGGGUGGGCGGAGCCUUGCUGACCCUGGCAGGUGAACACACCUUUUAUCACCUGGUUAUCCCCCGUCUCCGGCGCUCACCGACUCUGCAGUACUGGCUGCACACCAGCCAGAAAAUCCACCGAGCUCUUAACACUGCGUAUGAGGAUGUUGGGAAGGAGCUGACCGGCCUCGACCAGAACCCGUCCUCGUGUAUUUCAGAGAACUGCACCCUGCACAGGAAACAGCAUCAGCCCCCUCCACCGUCUCCUCCCACAUCCCUCCCUGCUUCCAUCACAGCUGGAGACACCAGCAACUCCUCGCCAUCGCAAGAACACAAGGAGAAACGCGUUCACUUUGACCUGGAGACGCUUCACAGCUACCGCCUGCGCACACACACCGCCUCGGUGCGCGGCCGGCCUGGAAUGGUGGGCCGCCCCGGGCUCGGCCUCGGGGGGUUAGGAUUGGGCAACCUGGAGGGUUUUGCCGCUCCCCCUCAGGUCAGCCUCCACGUCAAUGGGGGCCCAGUCUCGACCCUGGCGUCCACAGGUUUGGUGCUCUCUCCCCUGGGGAACAGGGCUGCUCAGACCAGCCUGUGGGAGGGGGAGCUCCAAGAGCUGCAGGUGAAGAUCGAAACGUUCCGCAACCAGCUGAGGGAUGCUCUGGCCAGGAGAGCUGAGAUCCAGAGCAGCCUGGAGAGAGAGAGGAGCGGGCUAGUCCGCAGAGACACCAGUCUGGAGAGGGACCGAGACAAACAGAGGAUACAAACUAUUAACACAGACAGAAGUAGCUCCGCUCAGUCCAAACUCCCUGAAAGAGACCGGACGAGCCUGCUGCAAACCCUGAACAAUCAGCAGACUGGGAGAGCGAACCCAUCAGGCGGGCCUGGGACCGCGGGGCAGGGGAGGAGCAGUCAGCUGAACACAGUGAACAGUUUAGACAGAGGAAGAGUCAAUCAAUCACGGCCUCUUGUUGCUUUGACCGGAGACAGGACUGUCCAGUCACACGCCUCUGCCAGUUUGGAGCGAAGUCAAGUCAACCAGCAAAGUCCAGGAAACAUCACGGUCCAAACGAGGAACACGUCUAGCUUGGACAGACAGAAGGCUAGCCUAGCACGCACUCUGAACACUUUGGACAGGACAAAAGCCAAUCAGCCAAGUGUAAGCAGUGGGACCUGAUUAGCUGUCUGAACCUACUGUUUACAGCAGGGGGAUCCAGGCCCGGUCCUCCAGGGCCAUUGUCCGGCAUGUUUUACUUGUUUCUCUGCUCCAACACACCCGAUUCAGUAACUGAAUUACCUCUUCAAGUACUGC